AGACAACGAAGACGAUCGAACAGUUCAAGUGACAUACUGGCACACGCAAACAUAAAGGCGGUGAAAGUGAAAUCUCCAGGGAGAGAUGCUUCACACAAGGAAUACCCCAUACCACGACCUCCCAGACUAGCUUUUAGUACCACACCUCAACCUUUUGCCCCGAAAAUACCAAUGACUCCGCCAACCAAUCAAGAAUAUAAUAAGUACCUCAACACUAACAUGAUAUAUUGCAACGAUGCAGGCAUGCUUCGCGGAGGCAGUCAAUAUCCUUCGCCGAGAGUUACGAGGACAACAAGUUUUGGCAGCAAUACUAGCACCAAUAGUGGUCGGAGCAUUUCGACGGGCGUCUAUAACGAGUGCAUAAAAAAAACCACAAGCUUCGAUGACGAGGAUAGCGUAUCGGAUUCAUGUUCAUCUUCAGAGAUGGUGGACGAUGAUGACAACGAGAGUUCUUUUGGGGCCAUCGAUUCGACUCUUGCAAAAGAGGUUACCAUGUUACGAAAAGAAAUUGAUAGCGUGAAGAGCAGCUUGGCCGGUCUACAGAAGGAUCACGUGGAAAUGCUGAAUGAGAAAAAGCAACUCGAAGAACAAUACAAUGAGGCGAAAGCCGAG